CGGCCGAACGGACGCCGCUGCCUAUAAAAAAAGAAAAUUAAAAAGUAAAAAUCUGUCAUGGCGGUCUCGUACGCCGUUUCCCGCGUUUUAAGACGCGCGUCCCCAAUCUUUUGUCAAAAAAGAUUGGAAUCGACUGUUGCUAGUUUUACAAAAGAUGAAAUUUUAAUAUUAUUAAGGCCUCCGUUUACGAAUUGGAGUAAUAUAAUAAGAGACGCGGAGAAAGUGGUUGGAUAUCCGACAUCGUUUAUGAACUUGAGAUGUCUACUGAGCGAUGAGUUCGCUAACAUGGCGUUAUACCUACGAAAAUUGGUCGGCAGCAACCACCUCGUGAUGCAAACUGCAAAAAACGUCCUCUACGGAGACUCCAAAAACCUGCAACCCUGGGGCCUGAUCAUCCUACUACUUUCAAAAUCCGUCAAAUCAGCCCACGUGACCCCUCAAACGAAGAAAACCGAAGAAGAAACCAGGGUAUUAGCAGAACUGACAGAAAUGAUGAGAACUGGCCAUCUGAUUCAUAAAGGAAUUGUAAACGUACCUUUCGCAAAAAGGUCAAAAGACACAGAAUCAGCUAUUUUCGGAAACAAAAUCGCUUUACUUCUAGGAGAUUACCUUCUUGUAACCGCUAACGGUAUGCUUGCUAACCUAAGAAAUUCUGAUGUAUCCUACAUAAUUUCUACUGCCUUAAAAGACUUGUCUGAAGGUGAAUUCUUCGGAGAAAGAGAUGAGCAAAACAUGCCCAUACCAGGUGAGCCAAAAAUCACUGAUAAAGACUACGAAAUCAAUUUCGACACUAAUUCUAUUGCAGUAGAUGAUGUUUUGGGUAAGCCCAGAAAAGAAUGGACAGCUAGAACUGUUUACAAUGGUGUUAGUCUCUUGGGCAGAGGCUGUCAAUCAGCUAUGGUGCUUGAAAGACAGAAUAGAGAAACACAGAACUUGGCAUAUCAAUUUGGUUGUCAUGUAGGCCUUGCUUGGCAAGCCGCUACAGAAUUACAACAACUGACUUCAGAAAGCAAAGAACAGUUCUGUUUAGCAAGUGCACCCGUACUUUUUGCUCUAGACAGCAAUCCCAAUUUAUACCAGAUUAUCACUCAAGCGAAAAAAGACGUUAAAGACGUCGAUUAUGAAGAUUUAAAGUUCAAUAUCCUAAAAACUGAUGCGGUUGAUAAGACACAGAUGCUGUAUAAGGAACAUGCUAAGAAAGCCACUGAGUAUAUUGAUGGUAUUGGACAGAAUGAGUCCGUUGAUAUGAUAAAGAAGUUGAUUAACACAUUUUAGGAAUUAUAUUUAAGAAUAUUAAUUGUUUAAUGUCCCGGCAAACUCGGUAAAUUACCUCUUUGGAAAACAUUAAUCAAAAUGUACGAAAACAUAUAAUAUUCUCGAAAUCGUGUAUGAAAUUUUAGAGUCGAAUUUCCGUCCCUAUUAUUGCAUACUAUGAAACAAUAAAUAGUAGAGAAUGUCAUUAAAAUCAGUACAUCCGUUUUUGAUUUAUGAAUGGUCCAUCAAACAAUUUAUCAUUGAAUUUUGUAUUUACUUUUUGGUAUUUAAAUACAGAAUUUUUCGACUAUUUCUGUGGUUAAAUUUCUGAUAAUGUAACUAUGUAGGCAAUAAUUUAAAGUCCUUACGAAAUAUUUACCUAUAACAAAAUAUGUGUCAAUAAACUAAUAGAAAAUUAAUCAAAUGUUAAAACAAACUACGGGACCAAUGUCAUUAAGACCCAAUUUUUAAUGACGAUAAUAUAAAAUGUAUGAAAGUUUAUUAUUAUGUAUGUAAAUGAAAAGGAAAGUACAUAAAACUUAAAUAUU